ACAGAGUUGUAACCUGGCCCCGCUCGCAGCUGCUGAGCCUGCCCGCCAUGGCGAGCCCCACUCUGAGCCCCGACUCCUCGUCUCAGGAGGCCCUGUCGGCCCCCACCUGCUCCCCCACCUCCGACUCUGAGAACCUCAGCCCCGAUGAGCUGGAGCUACUGGCCAAGCUCGAGGAACAGAACCGGCUCCUGGAAGCCGACUCCAAGUCCAUGCGCUCCAUGAACGGCUCGCGGCGGAACAGCGGCUCCUCGCUGGUGUCCAGCUCCUCGGCCUCCUCCAACCUGAGCCACCUGGAAGAGGACACCUGGAUCCUGUGGGGACGCAUCGCCAACGAGUGGGAGGAGUGGCGGCGGCGGAAGGAGAAGCUGCUCAAGGAGCUGAUCCGCAAGGGCAUCCCGCACCACUUCCGGGCCAUCGUGUGGCAGCUCCUGUGCAGCGCCACGGACAUGCCAGUCAAGAACCAGUACUCGGAGCUGCUCAAGAUGUCCUCGCCGUGCGAGAAGCUCAUCCGCCGGGACAUCGCCCGCACCUACCCGGAGCACGAGUUCUUCAAGGGCCAGGACAGCCUGGGCCAGGAGGUCCUCUUCAACGUCAUGAAGGCGUACUCCCUGGUGGACCGGGAGGUGGGCUACUGCCAGGGCAGCGCCUUCAUCGUGGGCCUGCUCCUCAUGCAGAUGCCCGAGGAGGAGGCGUUCUGCGUGUUCGUGCGGCUGAUGCAGGAGUACCGGCUGCGGGAGCUCUUCAAGCCCAGCAUGGCUGAGCUGGGGCUCUGCAUCUACCAGUUCGAGUACAUGCUCCAGGAGCAGCUUCCGGACCUGAACACCCACUUCCGCUCGCAGAGCUUCCACACGUCCAUGUACGCCUCAUCCUGGUUCCUCACGCUCUUCCUCACCACCUUCCCCCUGCCUGUGGCCACCCGAGUCUUCGACAUCUUCAUGUACGAGGGCCUGGAGAUCGUGUUCCGGGUGGGCCUUGCCCUGCUGCAGGUGAACCAGGCAGAGCUCAUGCAGCUGGACAUGGAGGGCAUGUCGCAGUACUUCCAGAGGGUGAUCCCCCACCAGUUCGACAGCUGCCCGGACAAGCUGGUGCUCAGGGCGUACCAGGUCAAGUACAACCCCAAGAAGAUGAAGAGGCUGGAGAAGGAGUACGCGGCCAUGAAGAGCAAGGAGAUGGAGGAGCAGAUCGAGAUCAAAAGGCUUCGGACUGAGAACCGGCUCCUGAAACAGCGGAUCGAGACCCUAGAGAAGGAGAGCGCUGCUCUGGCUGAUAGGUUAAUCCAGGGCCAGGUGACGCGCGCGCAGGAGGCCGAGGAGAACUACGUCAUCAAGCGGGAGCUGGCCGUGGUGCGGCAGCAGUGCAGCUCGGCCGCUGAGGACCUGCAGAAGGCGCAGAGCACCAUCCGCCAGCUGCAGGAGCAGCAGGAGAACCCGCGCCUCACCGAGGACUUCGUGUCCCACCUGGAGACGGAGCUGGAGCAGUCCAGGCUUCGGGAGACAGAGACGCUGGGGGCCCUGCGGGAGAUGCAAGACAAGGUUCUGGACAUGGAAAAGAGGAACAGCUCACUGCCCGACGAGAACAACGUGGCGCGGCUGCAGGAGGAGCUGAAGGCGCUCAAGGUGCGGGAGGGCGAGGCCGUGGCCUCGGCCCGGGAGCUGAAACUGCAGCUGCAGGAGCUGUCCGAUGCCUGGCAGGCCCAUCUGUCCCGCGGCGGCCGCUGGAAGGAGUCUCCGCGGAAGCUGGUGCUGGGCGAGCUGCAGGACGAGCUCAUGAGCGUGCGUCUGCGCGAGGCCCAGGCGCUGGCCGAGGGCCGCGAGCUGCGGCAGCGCGUGGUGGAGCUGGAGACGCAGGACCACAUCCACCGCAACCUGCUGAACCGCGUGGAGGCGGAGCGCGCGGCGCUGCAGGAGAAGCUGCAGUACCUGGCCGCGCAGAACAAGGGGCUGCAGACGCAGCUCAGCGAGAGCCGCCGCAAGCAGGCUGAGGCCGAGUGCAAGAGCAAGGAGGAGGUGAUGGCUGUGCGCCUGCGCGAGGCGGACAGCAUGGCCGCGGUGGCCGAGAUGCGGCAGCGCAUCGCGGAGCUGGAGAUCCAGAGGGAGGAGGGCCGCAUCCAGGGCCAGCUGAACCACUCGGACUCGUCGCAGUACAUCCGCGAGCUCAAGGACCAGAUCGAGGAGCUAAAGGCCGAGGUGCGGCUGCUGAAGGGCCCGCCGCCCUUCGAGGACCCGCUGGCUUUCGACGGGCUGAGCCUGACGCGACACCUGGAUGAGGACUCGCUGCCGUCCUCCGACGAGGAGCUGCUCGGCGUGGGCGUGGGCGCAGCCCUGCAGGACGCGCUGUACCCUCUGUCGCCGCGCGACGCGCGCUUCUUCCGCCAUCUGGAGCGGCCGGCCAAGGACAGCGAGGGCAGCUCAGACAGUGACGCAGACGAGCUGGCCGCGCCCUACAGCCAGGGCCUGGACAACUGAGGCCGAGGCCGGCGCGCCGGGAGCCGCUCCCCCGGCCGCAUUUCCUGAACUCCAAGCCUCUGUGGCUCCACCCGCCCCAGGGCCAGGCCGGCGAGCUGUAGCAGAGGCAGCGAGCAGAGGAGAGGGCCGCGCAGGCUCUCCCUGCCAGCAGUGUUUACCCACCCUGGCCCGACCCCCCUGGCCACCCCUGCGGUCCAGGGCACCCCGGGCCAGUGGCCGGCGGGGCUGCACCCCCAACAGCGAGGGCAGGGAGCACCCAACACAGAGGUCCCGGGAUUGAGUGAGCAGGAAGCGCCACCCCCAGCUCGCUUCCUUCUGACCCCAGGACGGCCCUGCCGGGAAGGGCCCAGGAGCUAGAGGUCUGAGGAAAGAGAGGUAGCUCUGGGCGGGACAUUAGCACCCAGGACACCGCUGAACACAGUGACCCCUGGCCACCGGGGACAGAUGGCCGAGCUGGGCUUUCCUGCCUGGUGCAGGCACCUUGGCCCCUGCAGCCGAAACCAAAGCCCCUCCUCCUGUGUGCAGAGCCACCUGGGGUGUGAGUGGCCGGUAGGGACAGCUCAGACCUGGUGGGCUCUCCUGGCUUCUCCGAGGCCAGAGCAUCAGCAAAGGAUGAAGAAACCAUCACUCCGCCAGGCGCCCCACACCUUCCUCGGGGAGACACAGUCCCUGUCCCGGCCAGCGACUGAAGAGCCCCCUCUUCUGCGCGGGUGCCAGCCUCCACCCGCGCCCUCCUUCCCUGGGGCCCAGGGCCCCUUAGCCAGGCCCUGCCCCAGGGGUGGAGCGUUCCAGCAGAGCCACCUCCCCUUGCCCCCCGGUGGUGGCCCCCCGGGGUCCCUGCCAGCCAGAGCUGAGGACGGUGCCAAAGUCCAGCAGUGUCCCCAGGCCCCUUCCCCCUUCCUCCCUGAGGCCUCGUGCCCCACUCUCUCGGUGCUCUUGGAGCCUGUGAGCGUAGGGUCAGAAGCAGUCUCCCCAGCGCUUCCUGGAGGGGGGCCUUGCUCCGUCCCCUUUCCUGGUUGCCCACUCUUCAGUGUUACAAAGCCUGGGGACCAUGGUGGGCACCUGCGGGGCUCCCCCCAUGUGCCCCCCACACUGCCCACCACCAUUUUGCACACUGCCUGUUCACACUCCACAUGUCGCCCAGGAGGGAAAGAUGGAAAAUAAAGUGUAUUUACACAGUCA